AUGCGCGAGUUUCGACCGAUUGAGUUGAUCAAAGGGAUAAAACCCCAUGAAAACUUGGACUACUCGUACUCUUGGGAAAGUAAGAUCUGCCAAUUUCUGGCGGAUGACAGUGAUUCGGAGAACAUCAACAUCAGGAAAGUGCUCCCAGUAAACGUUUUUGACGAUGCUUGCUUCCGCGAGACGAUUGCUCAUCUUACAACUGAUAUCGCACUUGAAGUCGAAGUAAAAGAACCUGGGACAAAAGAUUGUGUUGGUAAUGUUAAGUUGGUCUGGUUGGCAACCGUCAAAAAGGUUUGUGGAUACCGUGUUUUGAUGCGCUGGAUUGGCUGUGAUAAGGAGGGCGAUGACAAACAUGACUUUUGGAUUAACUUUUGCACUGCGGACUUGCAUCGAGUUGGAUGGGGUGCUGAAAAUAAGGGCGAUGCCGUAAGCUAUGUGACACCAUUGGUGAUUAGCGACAGACGAACUGAUUGGAAUGUUUUUCUUGCACAAAGUCUAACUCCUAUGAGAACCUUGGCUCGGACAUUUGAAUCAAUGAAACGACAAGUUCAAAAAUGUAAACUUCAAGUCGGAGAAAGAGUGGAAUUGCUUGACAACAAUGUUUCUACUAGAGUUCGCCCUGCCAUUGUGCUAAAAACCGUUGGCCGUCGUGUGUGUCUUCAGGUGAAAAGCGUCGAUUACGAUGUUAAAAAAGAUCCACACAAGGAAGAUAUAGCCGAGGAACGCCAGUUUGAAGGCGAAUUUUGGUGUGAUCAGGAUUCACAUUACAUCUUUCACAUUGGCUGGGCUGCGCGAAAUGGUUAUAAAUGUUAUGCUCGGGAUGGAUACUUGAAGCAUUGUGAGCAGAUUGCCAGAGCUAUCGAAAACGACGUUGAACCAGAAUUUGCUCCAAAUGACGUCAGGCCAGAAAUUGUUUUUGGUUUUCACAAAACCAUUGAGCCCGGGACGCCACAUUUUGAAGCCGGAAUGAAACUUGAGUUUCUCGAUCCGCUAGAUACUAAUUUCAACAAGCUCAAAGUGGGAACCGUGGUUAGACUUCUCAAGGAUGGAUAUUUGGUUGUCGGUGCAGAUGGAGAUGAUAUGGAAAAUGAAUCAGUACCGUUCCAUUGCACCAGUGGCUUCAUUUUCCCUGUUGGCUACGCAAAAAAAUACGGGAUUAAGCUUAUUCCUCCAGGAGGCGAUGAAAAUGAUGAGGAAAAUUUUAACUGGGAUGUCUACUUAAAGCAAACACGGGCAAUUUCAGCGCCUGAAGCACUCUUUCAAAAUGUAGCAGACAAGGAAAAAAUGAUGCGGGAUUUUCCGAUUGGCGCAAGCUUCGAAGCAUCGGAUCUAAACGAAUCUCAGCUCAUUUGCCCUGCACAUAUAGUAUCGAUCAAAGGACGACUACUCGAAAUUGGUUAUGACGGUUGGGGAGCCGAAUACAAUCAACUUUUUGAUUACAGGGCACAUGAUAUUUUUCCCCUCGGAUGGUGCGAAGCCCAUGGUUAUAAGCUUGAAAUGCCCAAAGUGUCCUCUAGGCGUGUGAUGGUUAUGGCUUCUUACGGCAUAAAGCUGAAGAUCGAUUUAAAAAAUGUUUAUAUCCCCGAUGGUGCGAGUGGCGUUCGAACGAUUGCUAGCACAAAAAUGGAAAAUGACAGCUAUCUUGAGAUAGCUCAAACGGAAACACUAUUCCAUAAUGCAAACCCUUCUUUCUACCAGCGGAUAUCACUUCAAUAUAGAUUCGACAAUUUUCUCCGGAUACGCCUUGAUGUAGUGUUGGUAAAAGAUCAUCUAAGUGAGCAAAUCGUCGGGAAGCUAGGAGAGGCAACAUUUGAUGUACCGGUGUUACUUGCAAACAAAGGCCGAUUAACACUACCAAUUACUUCGCACGCUCAAGUAGACAUAUUCUUGGAGUCAACAGAGUUUUAUGGGCAUGCGGCCAACUUUCGAUUUGUUGGGAACCAUUUGCAUCACCCCGAAGUUUGUCCGACUAUUGCCCCGUAUUUUGUCUUCACGCUCGUAUUGGAGAAACGUUCUCUUCUGCUGCAUAGGAGUGAAGUGAUCCAAUCAAGAAACCCUCAGUGGAUGAACUUUGUGGUGCCUCUGUACAUUAUGCAAUUUUACCAAGAAGGUCUUCUGCAGCUAAAUGUUUACAAUCAUUUCCCAAAUCAUGAUGAUUUAUUGAUUGGAUCGUUUUCAACUACAUUCAUUCAAAUACAGCGUGGGCCUGGUUAUCUCAACUCAUAUAUGCUUGUGAAUCCCGAAGGCAAAAAGAAAGAAGAAAAGAUGAGUGUCGAUCUCGUGCACUUUGAGCAAACAUCGUGCGACAGUUAUUUCGAUCUUUUAAAUCAGGGAUUAAAUGUCCAUGUGGGUGUAGCGAUUGACUUUACAGCAUCGAAUGGGGAUCCGACUCAACCAGAAUCGUUACAUUUUAUUCACCCACAUCAUCCGAAUUCGUAUACAAAAAUUAUGUUAAAAACCUUGCCUUCAAUCGUUGGUCAUGCUCGCGAUAAUAGAAUUACGGCUAUUGGAUUCGGAGCAAAAAUCGGACAUGCUCAUCAAAUGUCGAAUUGUUUUCCCCUGGAUUCCUCACAAAUCGACGUUUUCCUUCGCAAUCCUUCUGAAGCGAACUUUCAUGUCACCGGUUUUGAUGGCUUAUUAAAUUGUUAUCGUCGUAUUCGCCUUGAAGUUAUGCCAUUCGCGCCUACCGAAUUUGCUGAUUCUAUUUAUCACAUGAGCAAAUUUGCAAAAGCUGCAACUCGAUUAAAUAUGGGAUUAUAUUUCGUUCUGGUCGUCCUAACUGAUGGUGAUGUCACGAAUCCAAAAAAUACGCGGGAUGCUUUAAUCGAUGCUUGUGAGGCGCCAAUUUCUGUUGUUGCUGUUGGGAUUGGGAAUAAAGAUUUCUCCAAGAUCCGAGCGUUAGAGGCUCCAAAUUUGAAACACUCUGAUGGACGGCCCCUGACAAGACAGGUGCUUUCAUUUGUACAAGAAAGUGAUUUGUCAAAUGAUGACUCGCUCGCCUUGCUGCCCUACAGAAUUCAACAAUGGAAAUUGAAUGUGAGUAGCAAG